AUCUAUGCUGGCUGCGGUCAGGGGCAAUGGCCUAGCACCUAGCUUUUCAAACGCUAUAGCAGGAUAACACAAGUAAGCGACCGACAGACUUCGGCGAAGAGUAUAAGAGCUAUGGUUUAGAGCGUAGUUGAGUAUGCAUCUCGUUAUCAAAACACCGGACUUAUAUUACCCUACACUCAUUUCGACAAAUUUCCUUCUUUGCAAUAUUGCGAACUUUCAAACCCCCCAAGAUGCAGUUGACACACUUCUUCGCCGCUGGCUUUCUUGUAGCAUCGGCCUCAGCAUGGCCCGCUCACCUUCGUCGAGCUGUUGAUUGUGAAUUCUCCGUUGCUAUAGCUGAUGCUGGUACGACUUGUGGGAGCUUUGCAGCUAGCUGGCGCCUGUCCGUCGACGAGCUCGAGCGAUUGAAUCCCGGCAUCAAUUGUCCCGAUCUAGACUAUGACGGUCUGUACUGCGUGGUCGGCACCAACACUGACGAUCUAAAUACAACUACCACUUCCAUGGCUACCGCGACGUCUACAAUGACCACUUCGGCAACCACUACCUCCACCCCUUCCACGACUAUCAACUCCUCUGCAAGCACGAAUGCUUCAACCACGACCACGGCUAGUAAUGAUGUUGCCACCUCAUCUAUGUCUUCAGAUCUACCGGCAUCUACUGAUGCUGCUGAUUCGCUUAGAGCGCCGGUCGUCGUUGCUGGUAUUCUUGGGUGGGCCGCUUUGGUGUUGUAGAUGCGAUCAUACAAUUCUGGAAGAAGAAGAACUGGGUAAUGAUGUCACACGUUGAUGAAUAGGCGUUCAAACUCCCCAACCUACCUAGCUAGGCAUGGUCACGAACUGCAACAGACUUUACUAUGUAGCUACUUGUCAGCAGAUCAUCAGCUGCAACAAGAUCACUCUUGCCGACGUUGUGAAGUGAAACAAUGAAGACGGUUCAAACUGCCAAAGCAUGUGGCCAGAGACUACCGUUUGCAUUGGUGUUUCGAUGGUUCGAAAAAGUUCGAUACACG